UUCAAAGGGGAGUAGAAGGCUAGCACAGCGAAGUGGAGCCAGCAAGCAGGACCCAGGACAGCCACACGGAUAGGUAGUUCAGAGGAGUAAAAGCCGGCACGGCGCUUGGUGGAUUCAAGUUCUGAUUGAGGUUCGCUACUUGACAGCAGGAAUGGGGCAAGGUGUGGGUGGUUGACUGACAGGGAGACGGACCAAUCACUUGUCAGGAUGCUGGCUCGGAACCGCUUCAUCCUCCUGGUGGUGGUGGGGGCGGUGCUGGCCAUCGUGAGUCUCAGCCUCCAAUUCUUGCACCUAAUCCCCACUACGCCAAUGGGUGAGGAGCGCCCCCCCCAGGAUCAGGGUCAAGUUCAGGGCCAGGGGAAGAGCAGGAAGAGAGUGAUCCCUGUCCCUCCCACAGAGGAUCCUGAUCCAGACCCCAUUACUGAGGCUUAUGGCUACUGCAACACCCCCGACCGCUCUGAACAGGCCUGGGAGGGACACAGCCCUGUGGACUACAAGCUGCUGUCUGUCCAGGUGAUGAUUCGCCAUGGCGACCGUUACCCCCUUUACGCCAUCCCCAAAACCAAGCGGCCUGCCAUCGACUGCACCCUGUCCCCAAAGAGGAAGCCCUCCCACCCCCAGCUAAAAUCUUUCAUUGGCCACAUGGCCCAGGGGGGGCAUGGCCGCUGGGAGGGGACUCUUAGCUCGUUGCCCCGUCUCCCUAACCACAGCGCUUGUGAGAUGGGCGAGCUCACUCAGACAGGUGUAGUGCAGCAUUUACGCAAUGGCCAGCUCCUUCGGCAAGCCUACAAGCGCCACAAACUCCUCCCGCCCGAUUGGUCGACCAAGCAAGUGUGGGUGGAGACUACGGGCAGGAGCCGCACCCUCCAGAGCGGGAUGGCUCUUCUGUAUGGGUUCCUGCCAGACUUUGACUGGAGCCUUCUGACAGUCCACCACCAGUGGAGCACGUUGUUCUGUGGUUCAGCCUGCGACUGUCCUGCCAGGAAUCCCUAUCUGGAGGAGGAGCAGAGGAGACAGUACCGCCUCAGAGCGGCAGACACUGAACUGGAGAGGACCUACGCAGACAUGGCCCGUACGCUAGGUCUGCCCCCGCGCCAGCUCAGAGCUGCCAACCCUAUAGACUCUCUGCUGUGCCACCUGUGCCACGGCCUGUCCUUCCCCUGUGUGUCAGCAGGGAGUGCUCUCGGCAGUGGGGGCUGUCUGACUCUGGCCCAGUUCGCUGUGAUCCGGAGGCAGCAGUUAGAGGACGAGGUGGACAGGAGGAGGGUGGGACUGUAUCGCCGCUACGCCGUGCUCGCCAUGCACCCCUACCUCAACCGCACCGCCAACAGGUUGGAGCGCGUCGCCAAGGCCUACGCUCCGGGCCGAAAACCCCGCGCUGGAGAGGAGGUGUUCACCCUGUCCUCGGCUCACGACGUCACCGUGGCGCCGUUACUAAGCGCCCUGGGCUUGGAGGAGGCAUUGUUCCCGAGGUUUGCAGCAAGGGUUGUGUUUGAGCUGUGGAAGAGUCCGCACGCAACGCAGGGACCACGUAAGGGGCAACGACAGAGUCAGAAUAAGGCUUCUGGGGUGAAAGGGGAGAGGUCAAAAGGUGGUAACAUGUUUGUGAGGGUUCUGUACAACGGAGAGGACGUAACAUUCCAUACCACUUUCUGUCGCUCACAUGACCGCCAUGCCACACAACCGCUAUGCCCCCUGGGUAACUUCCUGUCUUUCGUCAGGAAAGACAUGUUCGGUGUCCUCAACGCCACAUCCUACCAUGACGCCUGCUACCGACGGACAGGCUGACUGACAGAGGGAUGGAGAGAGAAAAGGAGGAGAGGAAGGGAAUCAUUUAGCUGAUUUUGUAAUUUGUUAAUAGCUCUUUUCCCACUUUGAUGGUCUAUUGAAUUAUUUGAAUGUCUUAAAACUUUGACAUUUUUCUAAAGUCAAAAAACAUUCCUAGAAAGCAUAGAUACUGAUCAUACAUGUCAUGCACACAAACACACUGCAAGAAUACACAUUUUCACCAACAAAUUCCUAUACACUAUAUACACACUCUUCAUGCCUUCUUGAUCAGAUAUAUUUGUCAAUGAAGUUGGACUUCUAAACUGACAGCCUUGUGGUGUUGACAAUCACACCGGGAUACUUAACCUGCAAAUAUACACAUUUGAACGUUGACCUUUCUACCAUUUUUAAGUUUUUGAAAUGUUUGUAAGGGAAAGACAUUCUGGGGUGAAAGUUAAGUACUCAAACACUUUAUUCGCACAUUUCAACUGGGAAUGUUGAGAUUCCGCUUUUCCCAAAUUCCUGCAUAGAAAAGAGGAACAUUGAAACUGGAAACACGAAUGCUGGAUUAGUUCAUAUAAAAUGUUGAAACUGCCAAUUAUAAUUUGUCUCGAUAUUGUUCUUACAUUUUGCUUAAAAUGGUGCUGGAGACCAAUAGAAUUAGGGUAUUUUUUUCUGUAUAAUUAAUUCAUUUGAGUUUACUGCUAAAAAAAGAACUCAGCCACAUACUGUACUUUCAGGCUGAUUUCAAUGUUAAGAAUUAAGUCAUCCCAACAAUUUACACUCAAUGUUUACUCAAUAAUGAAAGUAUUCCACACCUUAGUAAAGGCUAGUUUUUAUGGUACUUAGAUUUCACUGCUGCUGUAAGAUGGUAAGAACAGUUGUCAUCAGUAAAUUGUACAUUUUUCCACUACAUGAAGGAAACCAUUUUUCCACGACAUGUAGGAAACCAUUUUUCCACGACAUGUAGGAAACCAUUUUUCCACUACAUGAAGGAAACCAUUUUUCCACUACAUGAAGGAAACCAUUUUUCCACGACAUGUAGGAUUACCAUUUUUCCACGACAUGUAGGAAACCAUUUUUCCACGACAUGUAGGAAACCAUUUUUCCACGACAUGAAGGAAACCAUUUUUCCACUACAUGAAGGAAACCAUUUUUCCACUACAUGAAGGAAACCAUUUUUCCACGACAUGUAGGAAACCAUUUUUCCACGACAUGUAGGAAACCAUUUUUCCACUACAUGAAGGAAACCAUUUUUCCACGACAUGUAGGAAACCAUUUUUCCACGACAUGAAGGAAACCAUUUUUCCACUACAUGAAGGAAACCAUUUUUCCACGACAUGAAGGAAACCAUUUUUCCACUACAUGAAGGAAACCAUUUUUCCACGACAUGAAGGAAACCAUUUUUCCACGACAUGAAGGAAACCAUUUUUCCACGACAUGAAGGAAACCAUUUUUCAGUUGGGACUAUUUUUAUUAAUGAUGUUCAUAAUUUUGAAUAAUUACAAUUUUUACUGUAAAGCACAUUACACAGUCUGCAAAGAAGUAAUAAAACUUGUUUCCUCACAAA